AAGCAUUCGUAGAAAUCAUUGAGCUUGAGCUGAAUUGAGCUUCACCUGAAUUUGAGUAAUUUCUAACUGAUGUGCUAGUAAAACUGAAUAUUGUGUGAAUAUUCAUAAAGUUUUGAAUAAUGAUUUUUUAAUCUAACAAUUGAGCGCAGUAUUGGCCCCUCACGAGUGAUUAAAUACUGAAUUACUGCUCAUCAUCCAAAGAAUGUAAUAAGAAAAAAUAUGAGAGCGAUGUAUUCAGAAUCUGAAAGAAUAUACGGUACUUUACUGCGGUGGACCAUCAGAGAUUCUGCAAAAAAAAUCAGAAUAUCCACCCUAGACAUUCCUUCAUCAUUAUCAUCUCUGUUCAACGCUACUACUCAGCAUUUUUCGCACCUUUUCUUGCAGCAACCAUUGGGAUUACUGUCUGAACUAUUGCGAGGGAAGUCUGGGUUGAAGUGCAGGAUGUGCAUACUUCUCGUAUUGCCAGCUGAGGUAACGAGUACAAUGAAACUCCAAGUGACAUUUCCGAGUGUAAUCUCGCCAUUCAAAGUGGGAUCAUACCGAACAAUGCAUCCCGAGUAUUUUGACGUUUCAAAUCGAAAAAGAUCGAGGAUCCAUCCACAGUUCACGCUGACGAUUCAUUCGAAAUUGGAAAGGUGGUAUAGCAGGGUAUUCGUUGCAUUGGUCAGUCGGUGGAAUAUCGAUCGUCGCAUAGGAAGUACUCCGCAGAGAUGUGCGCUCAGAGGAGUCAUAAUUAAAAAUCGAUUUCUGCGGGUGGUGUGCAGUCGCGCGUUGGCUUUUAUCGAAACACCAUCGUCCUCAGCUGAGAACUCUUCGUUCGAGACCUGUCAACUUCAACUUGGGAGACCUAAAGCAUUUUCGACGGUUGUCAAUUAUUGGCAUGUCACGAAUGAGAAAUAGCAUGAUGGCUUGGUCCAUUUCCUCUGAAGAAGGGCCAGACGGAAAUUUCGUGAGAGCUAUUUAAGGUGUAAUCGGGAAGUGCCCAACCUGAGAUAAUAACUCAGGAAGUGAUCAUCAAUUGUAAUCAUCAUCUAAAGUACUUCACGUUCGGUAGAGAUGUGCCAAAUAUAAACGUGUGGUAAAGUAACCGCAGGAUUCAGUGAUCGUUAUUCUCUAAAGUACAAGAACUUUCGCCUGAAUGAUGAAAAUUUUAGGCUAAAUCUACAUGGGCCGACUUCAGGUCAAAAUUAGAAAAUGAUUAUCGAUCCGUUAGCCAAUCGAUAUGAGAAAACUUCAAGGGCCAACAUAGACGAUGUCCGGUGAAUUAUCUUACAGCCAGAUAUCAAAGACCUGCUGCAAUUUGCAAUUUCACCCUCCGCUUCAACCCUUCACCGGUAAUCGUUUAUCGAAGCAACUCAACAAUCUUCGACUGGAAAAAACGAUUUAAAACAACGAAAUGUCGCUGAGAAAAAUUUCCCAACUGUCAUUAAAGUAAUGGUGGGUAAUUUUCGAAAGAAAUUUUUCCCCUCAAGUCGGAGUGCAGUUGUCCGCCAACUUCCAUCGAGUUCACUUCGUCAGAAGUGCCUCUUCGCAGACUAGCUGUCACUCCAGGGGCAUCCAUUCUCUCUCCAAAUAAUUUCAACUGACAACGAAAAAUGUUUUGAAUAAUCAGCCGAGAUCAUGAAAUGUGAGUACCAUCUGCUGUGGAAAUUAUUAAACGAGACGACGAACAUCAAAAGGAGGAUUAAUUGUCACUCUCGUCAGACUGAGGAUUUCAUUUGAAGAAAAUCUACCUCUCCUCCUAUCACCAACCUUGAAUCACUGAUGAAAAUACAGAGCAGAAUAUAGUCUACUCUACCCUUGUGUCAAGGAAUCACUGAAGAAUUUCCAGUGUGAACCGACAAAUAGUCACAAGGAAACAAUCAUCCCAACUUGGUGAAUGCAACUGUUGGUGGAUUUAUCAAAAGACAAACAACUGGAUGUUUGUGUUGUGAUGGACAGGUCGAGUCCGUUGUUUGUACCCUUUGGGCACUUUCACCUUUACAUUGCAACUUGAAUUAGAUCGUCUGGUACUGACGGGCUGUUUAUAAUACAACCUUUGCAAACAUUUUCAGGUGAAACUGACGCUGCUACCGCAUAGCUUCAGCAACAUCGUUAAUUACUGUAGUCUAGACGACUGACAAGUGACAAACCAAUACCAGUUGUCAGUGGUGUUCGCAAUAUCUGUAUAAUAAUUAUAGAAAUUAUUUCAUGUAAAAUCGUCCCAUAGGGUACCUCAAUGAUCCCAACCCCAGUUUGUAUGAACCUCUUUAAGCCUUCGUCUGAGCCUACGUCAAGUCCCUAUGACCUCCAAAGGGUUCAUUGUAUAUGUCCUCUUGCCCCCAAGGACCUCCUAACAACCUCAUGACCCCGAGGGAACCCGACGUAACCUUGGUAUGACCUCGUGUGACCCUUCAUUCGUUAACACCAUCCCUUACGAACUCCCACAGACCCCUAAAAGACCCUACGCCCUAUGUACCACCCCGAUGAGGCUUUCAUCUCACCCCAGGUGACUUCUGUGUACCUUCCAUGAACUCCCCAUGAUCUCCAUCGUAUCCUACCCAUGAU